AUGGCUGGAAUCAGCGCCCAGAGAAUACGCGAUAUAGUUGGUUCAAUCAAACUUUCGAAUCAGGCCGAUGCAACGAUGUCUUAAGAUCCACAAAAUCAAUCCGGAAAUCUCGGUACCGGUUAUUAGGAUAAUGCCGAAUACGCCCUGCGCCAUUGGUGCUGGAGCUUCUGCUCUUUCUUAUGAUGGGGAUGUUUCUGAAGAAGAUGUGAGUUGGAAGAAAAUUCAAAGAAAUUAAAGCUGUAUUUAAGAUUGCAUAUGCAAAAAGAUUCGCAGAGUGUGUUGGAAAAUGCGAAGUUGUCCCGACGAGAUGCUAUAACGCUGCAGCGGUUGUUGGCGGCUGCACGCCUGGUUGGGUUCGUUUGUUGGGAACAAAAAAGUCUGAAUUUUCUGGAGAAUCUAUGAAGAAAACUAUGAAAAGAGCUUCAUAACUUAUGUAUUUUGAGAAAUUAUAGGUAAAGUUUGAUUUUCCUAUAACUAAUGCUCAUACUCUACUACAAAAACCUCGUUCUUUCGCAAUUUUGCUCUUAUUUUUUAAUAAACCGUCCCAAAAUCCUCCUCUUUGAAGUUUCAAUGACCAUUUGAAACUUUUACGAGAUAAACGAGACUAAAAUCCAUGAGCUGUUUUUCAAUAAUCUUCUUCUUCUUCUUCCUACGCCUUUGUACCGCUUGAGCGGCGUCGGCGCCCCAAGUCGAUUAGCCGAGGUCCUAUCCUGAUAUCAGUGGACUGGCUCGAGUGACAUAUCCGUCCUUGUGUGUGACGGCUGGGGAUUUUGAAGUCGUGGUUUCUCACUACCAACAUUUCUUAAACCCCUUGGUUGGGUCGGGGGAUCGAACUUGUGACCCUGUGGACCGUAGACAGGCACACAACCUGUUGCGCUACGGCCCGCCCCUGUUUUUUUUAAUAAUAUGGGAGCUUAAUAUUGUUCUUGCCUUCAAGAUUUAUACUAUUUCACGGGAACUUUGUCAAGGCUUCAAAAUUUAUCAUCAAUCGGCUUUUCUCAAUUAUAAGGAAUAGUUUCCAGGCUUUCAUGUUCAUCGAAGCCUUGGCGGAUGGCGGCGUUGCUGCUGGUCUGGGCCGUAACGAGUCUCUACGGCUCGCCGCUCAGUCUGUUAUGGUAUUUUUUUUUCUUGAAACGGCCGGCUAGGUAUUAUAUCUAGACGGGAUCCCACUAUAAACUUUGACACGCAAAGAAAUUAUUCAAAAGUACUCUGCGAAAGAGGUUAGAAGUAUAUAUGUUCAAAGCGUUUGCGAUGCGCUCAUGGCGCCAGUUCAAAAAUUAUAUAGCUUAUACAGCGCCAGCUUGUCACGAUUUUUAUUUUCCCACGAGCUACAGAACCCUUCCGGGAGCUUAUUUUCCAAGUGCGCGAACUACCUUUACUUCAGCCUAAAAUUUGGUUAAUUUUAAAGGCGCAUACACAGGCGCAGGCCCCGCGCAUUGAAAGGAAUCUUCCCUGAAGGGUCCUGUAGUUCGUUAGAAACGAAACGGAAAAUAAGUAACGAAAUAAGACUCCUUCUAGACUUCGUUCUGAUGAAAUGCAUGUAAACCAUUUAUACGCCUUAAAACUACAGUAAAAAUCAAUCGUAUCCUGAAAAUUCUUUCAUAAUUCAGUCGUCGAUUUUCACUGUUUUCAUUGAAGGGUGCCGCGAAAAUGGUCCUAGAAUCAGGGGAACACCCGGGCGCCCUGAAGGACAAAGUCUGUUCUCCUGGUGGAACCACGAUUGAAGGCCUUCGAGUCCUGGAAAACCGAGGUCACUUUGAAAGUUGCUUUUUUUAAAUCUGCCUUUUUUAGGCUUCCGCUCGGCUGUCAUUGAUGCUGUGGUUGGAGCGACAGAAAAAGCGGACCGCAUGGGAAAUAAGAAAGAUUAA